AUGAGACAGUUAUCGCGUUUACAGCUCGGAGAAGAUGAAAAAUUACACGAAUAUUUUGUGCGUUCUCAAGAUCUUAUGUCUAGACUAUCUGAAGCUGGUGAGAAAAUAUCAGAAACACUGUUUAAUGCAUUAAUUAUUAAUGGUCUUCCAGACAAAUACGAACAUUUUGUUGUACAAGAAAGUUUUAAUCCAGCAUCGACAUUGUCUGAACUAAGAACCCGACUGCAAAAUUAUGAAGACAGUCGAAUACAAAGAAAUCAAACGGAAGAUAACUCGUCAGUGGCAAUGCAUUCUUCAAAUAGACAAGCUAGAAAUAAGAGUUCGACACCACAGACGAAAAAUUGCUAUGUUUGUGGAAAUCCAGGACAUUCUGCAAAACAAUGUAAUAAAAGGAGCUCAGCAACAUGUUCCAUAUGCAAGAAAAGAGGUCACUUGGCAAAAGCUUGUAGAAGUGCUGGGAAAACAGAAAAAUCUCAAGGAAAAGAACCACCUGCAGUCUCAUCUUAUUCCAAUUGUUUCGUAAGUCCUUUGCAAGAAGAAAACAAUGGCUCAGAAUAUUUAAAUUAUCUAAUCGUCGACACUGGUUGUACAGAUCACAUCAUAAAUCAAAAUAAUGUGUUUCAAAAUCUUCGUCCUUGUAAUGAAAAGAGUGUUGGAGAUCCCAAAGGAAACCUCACACCUGUUGAAGGAAUUGGCGACGUGCCAAUAACGGUCCAGUCAAAGCAUGGAAAGAUGGCAGAAAUGGUCCUAAGAAAUGUUCUUUAUGUACCAAGCUAUGAGGUAAGGUAAACCUCCUUUCAGUCAAUACAGCCGUUAGUUUUGGCCAUAGAUUUAUAUUUAACGAGAGUAAAGCAAGAAUGGUGUUGAAUGAUGGUCAUGAAAUUAACUUAAAGACACUGGUCUGUUCUUCCUAAAAGUCACCUUUCGAAACCUAGUCGACCCAGUCACUUGCAACACGAGCAAAGGAGAUAUCAAAGGAGAUAUCGGUUUGUGGCACAAACGUCUGGGGCAUCUCAACAAAGUUGAUGUAGAGCGUACUAUUGGAUGUAAGAAUAACUCGAAAGACGUAUGCGAAACGUGUGCAAUGGGAAAACAAGCAAGCAAACCAGUACAAAAAGAAGUACAAACCAAAGCUCAGAAAGCUCUCGAACUUGUUUAUUCAGACAUUCUCGGUCCUUUCGAAGUAGCUAGUCUAAAUGGGUCAAAAUAUGCAGUUACCUUCAUAGAUGAAUAUACGAAGUAUUCAGUUGUAAAGUAUAUGAGUAAAAAGUCCCAAGUUCUUUACAAAUUCAAAGAAUAUGCGGCGGAAGCAGGAACACCCCAAAGAUUACGGACAGAUAAUGGGGCAGAGUAUACAGCCAAGCAAUUUAAAGAUUAUUGCAGAGAUUCAAAGAUAAAACAAGAAUUCACAGUUCCUGAAACACCACACCAAAAUGUAGUCGCAGAACGCUUUAAUCGAACUUUAGUAGAAAUGGAACAGUGUUUAUUCAUUGAAGCAAAACUACCAGAGUUAUUGGGUAAGAGCUUUAGCUACCGCCGUCCACAUUCGAAAUCUCACAGUGAGCAUAAACAGCAAUCAAAACAGGAGUCCUUUUGAACUAUUCACUGGUAAAGCACCAAGAAGAAUUCGUCUUAGAGUAUUCGGUUGCACAGCUUAUGUAAGGAAAAGAAAAGUCAACUUACGAAAGCUCGAUUCCAGAUCUGUGAAAGCAAAAUUCCUCGGUUACGAUGACAAGAGUAUAGCGUACAUUUUACAAGAGUUUUCUACAAAGAAAAUCAUUAAAACCUGUAACGUUCUCUUCAAGGAAGAUGAAAUUCAGUCAUUCUCAGCAAAGGACCAGAAGAGUCAUUUUUGGAAAGUCCAAACAUUGAUCUUGACCAUGAACGUUCAAAUGAUCAAGCCACCGAGAAACCGGUUGAAGAUAAAGUGGAGGAAAGUAGAGAAGUAA